UUCAAUUUGAAACCCAAUUGUCUCACACACAAACACGAUAUCGGUUUUGAGUUCUGACACUGAUCAACGAAAGGCAGAAGAAGACGCCGACGGCAAUGGAAGGUGGUGGCGGAAAUCUGUCGGAGCUCUACUCAAGCUCCAAGCGCCUCUCAUUGAAGAUCAGAGAUGCUUUGGAGCGGCUCGAGCGUCUCGAGUUCACCUCAACAUCCUCCUCUUCGCUUUCAUCGUCCAGCGCCGUUGUCGCGGCCUCUUCUGAUGAUCAACCUACUUUGAUUCGAAGAGAUAUCAGCCAGAUCCAGUCGCUCUGCGCUGAUAUGGAUCGCCUCUGGCGCUCCAUACCUUCCAAGCCUCAGCGCGAUCUAUGGAAAAGAAAGGUAGAACAAGUCAGUGAGGAGGCUGAGUCAUUUAGAGCUAGUUUGGAUAAGUACACAUCAAGGCAUCAGAAGCGAGUACAAGAAGCCCAAGAGAGAGCUGAAUUACUUGGAAGAGCUAGUGGAGAUGCUCAUGUUUUGAGAAUCUUUGAUGAGGAGGCUCAAGCAGUGGAGUCAGUCCGUAGAUCAUCAAGAUUACUAGAGGAAAGCUUUGCAACAGGAGUUGCUAUUCUUUCCAAGUAUAGUGAGCAAAGGGACCAUUUAAAGAGAGCUCAAAGGAAAGCUUUGGAUGUUCUCAACACUUUGGGGCUAUCAAACUCCCUAUUGAGGCUCAUUGAGAGGCGGAACCGUUUCGACAGAUGGAUUAAGUAUGCUGGCAUGACUGUAACUAUCAUCGUGGUCGUCAUGUUCUGGAGGUGGACAAGAUGACUGGAAUGUUGUCUCUCUCGCAACAAGUUAGUACGACUGCCUGACAUAUAUCCAAAUGAUCUUCUGGUGUGGUUGAUUUUAUCUGAGGUUGGUAAAAAGGUUAAAUCUCGUAGAUAUGUUUGGCUCACAAUGAUGAAUAGAAAAGAAUGUUGAAGGAAUUUAUAAAUGAAAGCAUUGUACAGACGAGAAUUUAGAUUUGUAAUCUCUAUCAGAUUUCUUUCCCCUCUACUAUAAGUGUUUUAGCUCUCAUUCGCAUGUAGAAUACAGAAAAUCUCAAGAAAGUUAUUCAGUUUUA